UCCUCUCUCCUUCCGGAACUCCGGCCGUGGUCAGCAGCUCCGGGCGGCGCAAGCGGUCAGACAUGUUCAGCACGCGCGCUGCCCGCGACCCGCUGUCUAGCUGUGACAGCGGCUGCCGCUCCGCGUCCAUGGUGGUCGUGUUCCUGGUGGUGGCCCUGAUGGCUAACCCCGCAGGCUGCGCCAUGGGUCCCGAGGAGAGCUGUCAGCUACGGCCCGUCAUACACGUGCUCAAGCAGCCAGGCUGCCAGCCCAAGCCCAUACCGUCAUUCGCCUGCCAGGGGUCGUGUUCGUCCUACGUCCAGGUGUCCGGCUCCCGUUACUGGCAGGUGGAGCGGUCGUGCAUGUGCUGCCAGGAGAUGGGCGAGCGCGAGGCCACCAAAGCUGUGUUCUGCCCGAAAGGACCGGGCCCCAAGUUUCGCAAGCUGGUCACCCGGGCGCCGGUCGAGUGCAUGUGCCGACCGUGCACGGCCCCCGACGAAGCUUCGGUGCUGCCGCAAGAGUUCGUCGGCCUCUGACCCGCCAGUCUGCAACUCAGUAGGGGAAGAAAAGAUAAAUAAAGGCAUUUACAUUCUC